UACGCUAACGUUACGCCAUGUUGAGGAGAAACAAAAGAACCGAGAAGUCAACAACGUUAGCGUCAUAGCUUUCCAUAAACACACUAGUUAUACAUGUUUUUUUAUAUGAAAAAAAUGCAGUAACAUGCAGUUUUAUGGUUAUUAAUCUGAGUACUGGAGAUAUAAUGCCGUUACCCCUUACAAACCAGGUGCAGGCGUCUCCACCGGCGCCAAAGCACUUUGGGAUCACGUCGCCUAUCAGCCUGGCCCCGCCGAAAGAGGCGGACCUGAUGCUCACACGGAAGCUGGUGGAGGCGCUCAAGCCCUACGGCGUGUUUGAGGAAGAACUGGAGUUACAGCGCAGGAUUUUGGUUUUGGGCAAAUUGAACACUUUGGUUAAAGAGUGGAUCAGAGACAUGAGUGAAACUAAGAAUUUGCCUGCAUCUGUGGUAGACAAUGUUGGAGGGAAGAUAUUCACCUUUGGUUCCUACAGGUUAGGAGUUCACACAAAAGGUGCGGAUAUCGAUGCCCUCUGCGUUUCUCCACGUCAUGUGGAGAGGUCGGAUUUUUUCUCCUCGUUUUAUGAGAAGUUGAAGGAGCAAGAGGAAGUUAAAGACUUGAGGGCAGUGGAGGAGGCUUUUGUUCCUGUAAUAAAAUUGUCCUUUGAUGGCAUUGAGAUUGACAUACUGUUCGCCCGAUUAGCGCUUCAAACCAUCCCAGAAAAUCUUGACCUUCGAGAUGACAGCUUACUACGGAAUUUGGACAUCCGCUGUAUAAGAAGUCUUAAUGGUUGCCGGGUGACUGAUGAAAUACUACACUUGGUUCCCAACAUAGAAAACUUUAGACUGACCUUGAGGGCCAUAAAGCUGUGGGCCAAACGUCACAACAUCUACUCCAACAUCUUGGGCUUCCUGGGCGGGGUGUCAUGGGCCAUGCUGGUGGCCAGGACCUGCCAGCUGUACCCCAACGCUGUGGCCUCGACGCUGGUGCACAAGUUCUUCCUCGUCUUCUCGAAAUGGGAAUGGCCUAACCCUGUCCUUUUGAAGCAGCCUGAAGACUGCAAUCUCAACUUGCCUGUGUGGGACCCCAGGGUGACCCCCAGUGAUAGGUACCACCUAAUGCCCAUCAUUACACCAGCAUACCCCCAGCAGAACUCUACCUACAAUGUAUCUGUGUCAACCCGUGGUGUCAUGAUGGAGGAGUUCAAGCAGGGUCUUGCCAUCACAGAUGAAAUCUUGCUGAAUAAAUCUGAUUGGUCCAAACUGUUUGAAGCACCAAACUUCUUUCAGAAAUACAAGCAUUAUAUUGUGUUGCUAGCGAGUGCACCGACAGAGAAACAGCAUCUGGAAUGGGUCGGCUUGGUGGAGUCGAAGAUCCGAAUCUUGGUGGGAAACCUUGAGAAGAACGAGUUCAUCACGCUGGCUCACGUGAACCCGCAGUCAUUCCCAGGACCCAAGGAGGGCAAUGUGAAAGAGGAGGUCAGCACAAUGUGGGUGAUCGGGAUUGUUUUUAAGAAAGUGGAGGGCUCUGAAAACCUCAACGUGGACCUGACCUUUGACAUCCAGUCCUUCACUGACACCGUGUACAGGCAGGCCAUCGGCAGCAAGAUGUUCGAAGCAGACAUGAAGAUCACGGCCAUGCACGUGAAGAGGAAGCAGCUUCAGCAGCUUCUUCCCGACCGCGUCAUCCACAAGCGCAGGAAGCACUCCACAGAGGGACCAAGCCCUCCCACAGACGGCUGUCUGGAUCUGUCCCAGGACAGUGACAACAGCAUGUCUGUGCCUUCGCCCACAGCCACGGGCAGGAGCGGGGCACCCAUUCAGAGCCAUGCCCCCACCCCCCGGGGGUCCAGUCCCGCCAUUCUCCUGACGGCUCCCUCCGAUGCCGCGGGAGGCCACCCCGCCUCGGCAGGUGACAAUGAGGGAUCUGCUCCCUCUUCCUGCACGCCCCCUAACAGACCCGCCCCGGCCCAAGUCCAUGCCUCCGUCCCCCCUCCCUCAGCAGCGAAACGGGCGGGUUCACCCCUGCUGGAGGAGAGGGCCAAAAGACUGAAGGUGGAGGAGGAUCCGUCCCAGGAUUCGUCCCUGGCUCCAUCCCUGGCUCCAUCCCUGGACCCAUCCCUGGCUCCAUCCCUGGACCCAUCCCUGGAAAAAGAGUCGGCAGGAGAUGGCGUGAGUGUCACAGAGAUGGGUGAGGGCGACGGCGCAUCUCAUGGUGAGGUGACGGCAGAGGCUGAAAUUAAGAGGCUCCCCAGCGCUGACCUGUCGGACGUGCCCCUCCUCCCGGCAAACCCCAUUUCAGUGGUCAAGAACUCCAUCAAGCUGCGGCUCAGCAGGUAGGGGUCGCACUGCACAACGGGAUGGCCUCCUCCAGGGGGGCGGCCCUACACCCCCCACCUUGCCCCUGAAAGCCAAAACCGCUCUGUGACGGCGCAGCCGGGCCAUGCCCAAUCGAGUCGGCGACCCCCGGCACCAGAGCACCCAAAGGAUCGCUUCAAAGGGACCCUCUGUGUCUGUUCCGGCUUUGUCCACCAGUGGGCGACACCGCUACCGUCUUCUGCAGUCUCCGCGAUGCCACUGUUUCUACUGGCACACUCAGUUUCACAGGAAAGCCAAGCUACGUAAAUGUCAUGCCCUCAAAUUGUAAAUGUGACUUGUACAAAAGUGUGUGCGUGCGCGUAUGCAUGUGUGUGUGUGUGUUUUUUACUGUUUGAGAAGUGCAGAGAAAAGGUAUUGACGGUGGUAACGUUUGAAUCAGAUGACUGUUUUUAAUGUAAAUUACAACUAGGUGCACUGCUACAGUAUCCAAAUUGAAAACGACAAGUCAGCACUGUUCAACUCCUAUGGGUCUUGGCGCCAUACAAAAAAAUAAAUAAGAAGAUAUAUUGUUAACAUGAGGUACUCAGCAGUUCAGUGCCUGUAGGUUGUGGUAGUGUAGUGUUGCUCUUCUUAAGGUUGCAGCAGACCUCGACAGCAUUGUGAUAAUUGAAACAGCCCAGGUUACAGUUAGUAACGUGACCAAAAACUUGGUCUGUGGAAAAAUGUGUUGAGCUGGCAUGCCAUCAUUCCUAUACAUUAAUGGUGGAGAUGUGAGCUGUUGCUGGAGCAUCUAUGUUCAGGGGUACUCCCAACAGUGGAGAAUGCUGCGUGAGAAACGUAGCCAUACAGACUUGUACCCGGCCGUUUGGUUAUAUUUACAGUAUACCUCAAGAGUGUGUUGUAUAAAAAAAUAAAAAAGGAAUAGAUGCAGAUGUUUGUGCAGAUUGUAAACGUUCAGUUGUGACCAUGUUUUUUUAAAUUUUUUUUUAAUUUUGUUCCAAUGUAGUCAAAAUAUGGGAAACAAAUUAUCUGACUUCACGUAUUUUAUAUUUCACACGAACAUUCAUAUUACUUGUAUUUUUAAAGUGUGUGGUCAUUCUUAAAUUCAGAAGAAAAAAGUUAAAUUGUGUCAUGAAGAGAUGAGAGUUGUUUGCUAUUUUAGGACAUUCUGACAUUGUUUCACAGAUCAAUAUUUGUUGUGACAUGGAAAAAAAGAAGAAGAAAAAAGCUUUGUCUUUCUCUUUGUGUUGAUGGAGUGGAAAAUGGUCUACCCUGGUAUUGUGAUGAAGACUUAAAUCUUGAGUUUUGCUUUCCCCUAGUUACUUCACAAGUCUUGUCGAUGUUGUCCUUCAUUCUUACCCAGCUCUCUCAGUUCUGAAACGUAUUGUUUUCUUAUUUCAAGGCUUAUUUGUAAGAACACCGUAUUGUGCUUUUUCACAAAUAAAGGUCAGAUAUCCUGAAAA